AUGUGGGCAGCCUACACGGGGACCACCUCUCUCAGAGCUUCAGAAAGCGGUGCAGUGAAGAUGGGCAUCGCACGGAUCAUCCCACACCCCUCCUACAACACUGACACGGCCGACUACGACGUGGCCGUGCUGGAGCUGAAGAGGCCGGUGACCUUCACCAAGUACAUCCAGCCCGUGUGCCUGCCAGACGCUGGCCAUCACUUCCCCACCAGCAAGAAGUGCCUUAUCUCCGGCUGGGGCUACCUCCGGGAGGAUUUCCUGGUGAAACCCGAGUUCCUGCAGAAAGCAACGGUGGAGCUGCUGGAUCAGGCACUGUGUUCCACCUUCUACACCAAUGCCCUCACCGACAGGAUGAUGUGUGCUGGCUACCUGGAUGGGCAAAUCGACUCCUGCCAGGGUGACUCUGGUGGGCCCCUGGUUUGCCAAGAACCAUCUGGCAAGUUUUUCAUGGCAGGAAUCGUGAGUUGGGGAAUUGGAUGUGGUGCAGCCAGGCGGCCUGGGGUUUACACACGUGUUACCAAACUCAGAGACUGGAUCUUGGAUGCUAUUUCUGCCUUCCCCACCUCCAUGGACCAUCCUGUACCUCCGAUACAGUCCAGUACUAACAGCAACAUGGUCAGCCCUGAAGAGCUCAAGGCCACCACCACCGCAGCAACCCCCACCGCGUCCCCAGCCCCGGCUGCCAGCGAGCCCGUGACUGCAUCGAGACCAGAAGAGUGUGGAGGACGACCUGGGUUCUCUAAACCCAGCAAGAUCGUCGGAGGAACGGAUGCUUCCAGAGGAGAGAUCCCCUGGCAAGUCAGCCUGAAAGAAGACUCGAGGCAUUUCUGUGGUGCCACCAUAAUUGGGGACCGCUGGCUGCUGUCGGCAGCUCACUGCUUCAAUGAGACAAAUCCAGAAGAGAUCGAAGCCUAUGUGGGAACAACAUCACUCAAUGGAACAGAUGGGACUGCAGUAAAAGUCAAUGUCACACGAGUGAUCCAGCAUCCCCUCUUCAACCCUGCUGUUCUGGACUUCGAUGUGGCUGUUCUGGAGCUGGCAAGACCUCUCGUCUUUAACAAUUACAUCCAGCCCAUCUGCCUCCCACUUGCUGUGCAGAAGUUUCCUGUUGGCAAGAAAUGCAUCAUUUCUGGCUGGGGUAGCCUCCAAGAAGGGAAUGUCACCAAGCCUGAGAUCCUGCAGAAAGCCUCUGUGGGCAUCAUAGACCAGACGACCUGCAACUUCCUCUACAACUUCUCCCUCACUGACCGAAUGAUCUGUGCUGGCUUCCUGGAGGGGAAGAUAGACUCAUGCCAGGGAGACUCAGGUGGCCCCUUGGCCUGUGAGGUGGCCCCAGGAGUGUUUUAUCUGGCUGGCAUCGUGAGCUGGGGAAUUGGCUGUGCCCAGGCUAUGAAUCCCGGUGUGUACUCCCGAAUCACCAAACUCACAGACUGGAUCCUGGAUACCAUCUCACCGUUACCCACUCCUAGCACAGGCACUCCUCCCAGCUCAGCCAUCGCUAGAACUUCUCCUGCAGCCAUCCUCACCCACCAGCCCAGCACAGCCGCUGCCAGUCCAGUCAACAGAACCACCCUGGGGAUGAAGAUGACUGCAACAAUGAAAGAAACCUCCACAGCUCUGGAAACCACCGAGCCUGCCAAUGCCACCCAAACCCCAGUGGUGCCUUGUAACAGCCUCACCUUCAAGUGUUCCAGCAAGGUCUGUAUUGGAAAAGAAAAUCCCGAAUGUGACGGCAUUGUUGACUGCAGCAACGGCUUCGAUGAGCGCAACUGUGACUGUGGCUCAACAACCGCUCUGGCUUUCAGCAAGAUCGUGGGCGGCAGCACUGCAGCUCGAGGAGAAUGGCCCUGGCAAGUCAGUCUCUGGCUUCAGCGGAAGGAGCACAAGUGUGGUGCUGUCCUCAUUGCCGACCGGUGGCUGCUCUCUGCAGCCCACUGUUUUGAUAUUUACAGUGACCCCAAAAUGUGGGUGGCCUUCCUAGGAACACCUUUCCUGAGUGGCAUCGAUGGCAAAAUGGAGAAAAUAUUCCGUAUCUACAAGCACCCCUUUUACAACAUCUACAGCCUGGACUACGAUGUGGCGUUGCUCGAGCUCACCACGCCCAUUAAGUUCAGCAACACCAUCAAACCCAUCUGUCUCCCAGACAGUUCACACACCUUCCAUGAGGGAGCCACAUGCUUCAUCACAGGCUGGGGCUCCACGAAGGAAGGAGGUCUGAUGUCAAAGCAUCUGCAAAAAGCGGCAGUGAACAUUAUCGGGGACCAGGCCUGCAAAAAGUUCUACCCUGUCCAGAUCAGCAGCAGGAUGGUGUGUGCUGGUUUCCCACAGGGCGCCAUCGACAGCUGUUCAGGCGAUGCAGGUGGGCCCCUGGCAUGUAAAGAACCCUCAGGGAAGUGGUUUCUAGCAGGAAUCACAAGCUGGGGCUAUGGCUGUGCCAGGCCAUACUUCCCUGGUGUCUACACCAAAGUCACAGCUGUCCAGGGCUGGAUUGCGCAGAACCUCAAGCUCUGA